AUGUCAAAAAUAGUAUCGAGUCCUGGGAUUAAGGAUGCGGAACUAUUGGUAUCCAGAUCGAUACAUUUAAGACCUUAUGUUUGGCCAUUUACAAUCAUAUAUCCAAUCUUUUUUCAAUUGUAUUGGAAUCAUUAUGAUACUUAUUUCGUGGGUAGAGAAUGGACUUUUGUGUAUACUAUAGCUAUAGUAUCACUCAAUUUGCUUUUUUGGUUGAUGCCUCAUUGGAAUAUUGACAUCAGUGCCCAAUUUAACUAUAGCAAAGUUGACAAGAUUGAAGAUGCAACAUAUAUCAAAAUUACCCCAGCGCCAAAUUCUGGUAUAGGUGAAAUCAGUCCUAUUACUCGUGAAACUUUCCAUGAUGGAGAAAAACAAACUAGUUUCUUGUAUCAAAAGAGAAGGUACUUGUAUCAUCCAGAAUUGAAGAGAUUUUCUCCACCAGAGUUUGAAUUUGAUUCAUUACCAAAGUUGCAAGUGUAUCAAACUACAAAAGGUUUAAGUGGAGAUUUGCAAAAACAGUACAGAAACUAUGGAUUAAAUAAGUUUGAUAUUCCAAUUCCUACAUUCUUGGAAUUGUUUAAAGAACAUGCCGUGGCACCUUUUUUCGUUUUCCAAAUUUUCUGUGUUGCACUUUGGUGUAUGGAUGAGCAGUGGUACUAUUCACUUUUCUCAUUGUUUAUGUUGGUUUCAUUCGAAAUGACAACUGUGUUUCAAAGAAGAACAACCAUGGCCGAGUUUCAAAGUAUGGGGAUCAAACCUUAUGAUAUCUUUGUCCAUCGUGAUAAUAAAUGGCUGAAACUUUCUACAACAGAGUUGUUACCUGGUGACUUGGUGUCGAUCACAAGAACCAGUGAGGAUAGUGCAUUACCCUGUGAUUUGCUAUUGGUUGAUGGAUCGGCAAUUGUGAAUGAAGCCAUGUUGUCAGGAGAAUCUACUCCAUUGUUAAAGGAGUCAAUCAAGUUAAGACCAAGUGAAGAUAAUUUGCAACCUGAAGGAUUUGACAAGAACUCAAUUUUGCAUGGUGGUACCCUGGCUUUGCAAGUGACAAAACCUGAAAACUCCAUUGUUGCACCAGCUCCAGAUCAUGGAUCUCUUGCCGUAGUCACCAAAACUGGAUUUGAAACAUCGCAAGGCUCACUUGUUCGUACAAUGAUUUUUUCCAGUGAACGUGUUUCAGUGGGAAACAAGGAGGCUUUUUUGUUUAUUUUGUUUUUGUUGAUUUUCGCCAUUAUUGCCUCAUGGUACGUGUGGACUGAAGGUACACGCAUGGGUAGAGUUCAAUCAAAAUUGAUUUUGGAUUGUAUCAUUGUCAUCACUUCGGUUGUGCCACCUGAAUUGCCAAUGGAGUUGACAAUGGCUGUAAACUCAUCAUUGUCAAAGUUGCAAAAAUUUUACAUUUAUUGCACUGAACCGUUCAGAAUCCCAUUGGCCGGUAGAAUUGAUGUUUGUUGUUUUGACAAGACUGGUACUUUAACGGAUGAGGAUUUGGUAUUUGAAGGUUUGGCUGGUUUUAAAGAUGAUGAUAUUCAUCAUUUAUACAAGGUUGCUGAUGCACCAACAACAACUUCAUAUGUUUUGGGAUCAGCUCAUGCUUUGGUGAAGUUGGAUGAUGGUGAUGUUGUUGGUGACCCGAUGGAACAAGCGACGUUAAGUGCAGCUCACUGGACUGUUGGAGCUAACGAUACAGUUGAAAGAGAAGUUGGUAAGAAAACAGAGAAAAUCAAAAUUUUGCGUCGUUUCCAAUUUUCAAGUGCUCUUAAAAGAUCAUCAACCAUUUCGUCAAUCAAUUCACUUCCAGGUAAAAAUUUUGUUGCUGCUAAAGGUGCACCAGAAACCAUUCGUAAAAUGAUUAUUGAUGCGCCUCAUCAUUAUGAAGAAAUCUAUAAAUCUUUUACGAGAUCGGGUUCGCGUGUUUUGGCGUUGGCAUACAAGUAUUUGGACACCAAUGUCAAUGUCAAUAAAGUUAAGCGUGAAGAAAUUGAAUCGAAGUUGCAUUUUGCUGGGUUUAUCAUUUUCCACUGUCCAUUGAAAGCUGAUGCAAUUGACACUAUCAAGAUGUUGAAUGAAUCAUCUCAUCGUUCAAUUAUGAUUACUGGUGAUAAUGCUUUAACUGCAUGUCACGUAGCUAAAGAAGUUGCCAUCACCACUAAAGAUGUGUUGAUUUUGGACGUUCCUGAAGAACAUCAUGAUGCCGAUGAAGCUGAUUUGGUUUGGAGAAAUGUUAAAGAAACAGUUGUGAUUCCAGUUAGAUCUACUGACAAGAUUGAUUUUCACCAAUUGAAACAAUACGAUAUUUGUUUGACGGGAUAUGCAUUGAAUUUGUUGAGUGGACACCAACAAUUGCUUGCUUUGCUAAAGAGAACUUGGAUUUACGCUAGAGUCUCACCAACGCAAAAGGAAUUUAUCUUGACUACGUUGAAAGAUGCUGGUUACAAUACAUUGAUGUGUGGUGAUGGUACUAAUGAUGUUGGUGCAUUGAAACAAGCCAACAUUGGUGUUGCUCUUUUGAAUGGUACUGAAGAAGGUAUGAACAAGAUUAUUGAAAAUAGAAAAAUCGAAGCUACAAAGAAAGUGUAUGACAAACAAGUUCAAUUAUUUGCCAACUGGGGUAAACCAGCUCCCAAUGUGCCUCCCAUCAUUGCUCAUUUGUAUCCACCAGGUCAAAACAACCCCAAGUAUUUAGAGGCAAUGGAAAAGAAGGGUGUUGCCAUUACUGAAGAUAUGAAGCAAGCUGUUGCCAUGGCAAUGAAACAGCCAGUCAAGGUACCACAACCAGGUCAAUCUCCAGUCCCCGCCGAUGGUGGUAAAUUUGCCGAUACUAUCCUUGGUGCAUUAAACGAUGCUGAAGCUGAAGAUGAAGCACCAACUUUGAAAUUGGGUGAUGCAUCAGUUGCCGCUCCCUUCACCUCAAAAUUAUCCAAUGUUAGUACUGUUACUCACAUUAUUCGUCAAGGACGUUGUGCUUUGGUUUCCACGAUUCAAAUGUACAAAAUAUUGGCUUUGAAUUGUUUGAUUUCGUCUUAUUCACUUUCAGUGUUGUACUUGGCUGGAAUGAAAUUUGGUGAUGGACAAGCAACCGUUUCCGGUAUCUUGUUAUCUGUUUGUUUCUUGUCCAUUUCACGUGGUAAACCAUUGGAAAAAUUAUCCAAAGAAAGGCCACAAGAUGGUAUAUUCAACAUUUACAUCAUGGGAUCCAUUUUGGGACAAUUUUUCAUCCACAUUGUCACUUUAGUUUACAUCACGCGUGAAAUUUACAUUGUUGAACCAAAAGAACCUUCAGUUGAUUUGGAAAAGAAAUUCACUCCAUCAUUGUUGAAUACCGGUAUGUUUUUAUUACAAUUGGCCCAGCUGGUUUCUACUUUUGCUGUCAAUUAUAUUGGGUUACCAUUUAGAGAGAGUCUUGCUGAUAACAAAGGUAUGUAUUAUGGAUUGUUGGGAGUUGCUGGUUUGACAUUUGCUGGAUCGACUGAAUUCAUUCCUGAGAUUAAUGAAGCUAUGCAGUUUGUUCCCAUGUCAACUGAUUUCAAGGUCAAGUUGACUGGAUCAAUCAUUGUUGAUUUGGUUGCUACUUGGGCUAUUGAAACUGUGUUGAAGCAUUUCUUUAUGAAUUCACAAGCUGCUGAUAUAGCAUUGAGGGAUGAGGAUUUGGAAUCGACUCCAAAGAUUGAAGCAGUCGAGAUAGUGGAGGAAAAGAUUGAAGUAGAGUAG